CUUUCUUUCUCUUCUUUUUCCUGAUAAAAAAAAAAGAAAUACUGUAUAUAUACAAUGGGUGGUGGUGAUUUAAAUUUAAAGAAAAGUUGGCAUCCUUCUACAUUCAAAAAUCAAGAACGAUUAUGGAAAGAAGAAAAGAAACAUGCUGAAGAACAAGCCAAGAUUGAACAAAUGAAAAAAGAACUUCAAGAAGAAAGACAAUUAUUAGAAUUACAACGAUUACAAGAAGAUGCUGGUUCAAGAAAACGAUCGGACAAACUUGAUUGGAUGUAUGCAGCUCCUAGUUCAAAUGGACCAAAAGCCGGUAGUAGUGAAAUGGAAGACUUUUUACUUGGAAAGAAAAAUGUGGAUGAUUUACUACGAAACAAAGUUGCAAAUGAAACGGUAAUAUAUAUAUCAUUUUUAUCUGUAUUCUUACUAAAUUGAUCAUUUUAUAGACAACGACUGAUGCUAACGAACGAUUUGCUUUGACCAAUGCAAAUGCUAAUACAGAACGGGAUAUUCAAGCAAAGAUUAGAGAAGAUCCAUUAUUUGCUAUCAAACAAAAACAACAAGCAGCUUUGAAAUCAAUGGUAGAUAAUCCGAUCUUAAUGAAGAAAUUGAAAAAAGACAGGAAAGAAAAGAAAAGCAAAAAGAAGAAGGAUAUCAAGAAAUCACAUCGUCAUCGACAUUCACAUUAGUUAAUUAAUUUUUAAAAUAAAAUAAAAUAUAUCAUUUUACAAAAA